GCAGCGGCUUUCAUCAGUUUCUUUGGUCACGUUACAUUAUGGCGGUUUUCAGCCGAGGUAACAUUCGCAUGUAGUCAGAUGAAAUAAUAUUGCGGAAGAGAUAUUGUUCUGGCUGUCGGGUCUUAUUUGGACAUUUAAAUUGUUAUCCAGCGGGCUUCUCCGUAGGAAAGUCCUGCCAAUGUUAUCCAGUAACCGCAGUGACUAAUGAGAGCGCAGCGGGUAUCGAUGGCGGAAGAGGGGCAAAAGUUGGCCGAACAGGGUAGCGAGAUCGUGGAAGUGCCACGGAAUGCGGAGGAGAGGAUUGACGGCGUCACGCAGGAUGCUGCCUCCCGGUUCAACGUUGAAGAGGCAGACGACACCGAGAAGAGUCCGGUGAUGACCCCCCCUUCUGCAGGACGCCAGCGGAGGAGGCCUCUAAAGUUCCAAGUCUCAGACCCAGAGUCCACCGCAGUCACCCCGGGGCCUGCUAGAAAGAGCUCCCAGCCAAAGACCCCAAGAAGGACUCCUGCCAAAAAGUGUCAUGAGGAAGACUUGGGUAAGAAGGCUCCUGCAAAGAGGAAGGCCAGCAGGAUGGACGCAGGCGUCAACGGUGAAGCUAAGGAUGAGGGGGAGGACGAAGAGGAAGAGGAAAUUCCUAAGAAACGCAAGAGAAAGGCUUUUGCAAGAUAUACUCCUGCAAAAAAAAAAACUCCAGUGAAAAAGCCUCCUGCGAGCCAGAAGAAGACCUCCCAGGACCAGCAAGCAGCAGCCGCAGAAGAAGAGGAACCAGCGAGGAAGAAGACUCAGAGGAAGAAGAAGACGGUGGGCGCUGGGCAGGACGUCCUCCUGACCGACUCGGCCCCUGCGUUUCAGGAGGGCCAGCGGGAAACCCCGGAGCAGCCUGAGGUCACGCCUGGAGGCCGGCCCAGGAGAGGAGCAGCUAGAGCAGCGUUAAAGUACCUUCACAACUUGGCCAAAGAGGUCUUGAGUGAGCCCAGUUCAGAUGAUAGCCCCGCCCCCAGCCCUGCCCCCAGGCAGGGGCCACGGCAGGCUGCUCAGUGCGGCCGGGGGAGGAAGAAGGGAACCCCAUCCUCGGAUCGCGACAGCACUGUGGAGGAUGAAGACUUUGUCCCGUUGGGUAUAGAUGAGGAGGAAGAGGAGGAGAGUGAGGAUGAAGGAGUACCAGAACCAAUGGAACCCAGAUCCAAAAACCCAGCGCUUAAAAACUCAACCAAGACACAGUCCCUUCAGUUACAAGGUAAAGCUUCCAAUGGGCUUCCCAACUGUCUGAUGAAGGCUGUGUGGGACGCCAACAAGGCCACCAAGAACCAUCGUGAUCAGCACUCGUCUUCCUGGGUGUUCCCUGAGUGGAUUCCUUCUGAGAAGGACUGGCCCGUCCUCCCAGAAAGGGAGUGUGAAAGGUACCUCCCCAGACAGCAGCAGUCUCCAGCCUUCAGGGUGUCCAGAGAGGGCAUCAAAGAGGACGCUCCCCUUCGCAGUCUCAACAGGUUUGAGAGUCUACCUCCCCACCCAGAGCGCUGGGACAUGCUGUUCUACGCGGGGGGUCCAGUCUGGGCCCUGGACUGGUGUCCCACCCCAGACGGAGCGCGUGCCAACCAGUACGCUGCCCUCUACUGCCAUGGAGACCAGGACGAGCAGCACCACUUCAGCCAGACCCACACCCAGCCCAGCCUCAUCCAGCUCUGGGACCUGGGCUGCCUGGACUACAACACCCGCCCCUCCUCUCCCCCAAGGCUGGCCUAUGGCCUGGCUCAGGAGAAGGGCUGUGUGUCGAUCCUCAAGUGGUGCCCUGCGGGGGCCUGGGAGAUGCCCAGCACAGCCAGGAAGGCUCUCCUGCUGCCCAGGCUGGGCCUGCUGGCUGCAGCCUCCUCCAGCGGACUGAUCUCCAUCUACAGCCUGCCUCACCCCAGCGCCCUCAGACCCUCCUCCGCAGGAAACCCAAGCCAAGCACCACUGAUAUGCCAGGCCAAGGCUGUGAUCACUUUGAGGCUGGGUUCGGUCAAGGCCAGCCAUGAGGACAGGAGUGGUCAGGUUCUAUCUCUGGACUGGCUUCCUGUUGCUCCGUACAACCGGAUAGCAGCUGGCUUCUAUGACGGCAUGGUGGGGUUGUGGGACCUGUCCAGCAGGUCGGUGCUGCUGAGAGUGAAAUCACCUGACUGCUCCCUCACCCUGCUGCCCUGCCACGCCUUCCUCGCCCACGACAACGCCAUCCGUGCCCUCAGCUUCUGCCCCGCCUCCAGUGGUCUGCUGGUGACAGCGGGGGAUGACAGGAUGGUGAAAACCUGGGACCUGAAGAUGACCUCUGAACCCAUCAGCUGUCUGAAGCGCUUUCUAUCCACUGAAGUGUCAUGGCCGCUGCUCUGGCCGGGAGUCUUUCUGGCCCAGGAGAACGCCUACGCCACUUAUGGGAAUCACGGUCUGAACUACUUUGAUGGGAGCUACAUGGGCUGGAAGCCCCUGUUCUUGAUCCCUCGAAUAGGGACCUUGUGGAGCAUAUCCAUGUCUGAUUGGCUGAACACCUUGGUGACGGCGGAUGCGUGUGGAGAGGUGAUCAUGUCCGCCAUGCCUAGGCUGGACACCACAGUCUACAUCAAACGCACCGUCGACAGACGAUACCCGGUCUACUUUACAGACAUGGUGCUGCUAGACAAUCUGCCCUCCAGAGGACAGGAGGAGCAGGAGGGGAAAGAGAGAGGAGAGGAGGGGAAGGAGGGAGGAGAGGAGGAGGGGAAGGAAGGAGGAGAGGAGAGCAAUGGUCUGCUUUAUAAACCUGCAACGUUCAGAGAAACCGCCCAGAUCUACUACCUCCACUACAGCGACCUGGACAUGCGGUCAUUACACAACUUCCAGAAGCGCGGCCUGUGGAAGCGCAUGCAGGUGACAGAGCUGAAGAGACCCCUGGACCUGGACCUGCUUACCCUGGGAGCCCUGCACAAGAUCCGAUUCAACCCCAACCUGACUGCUCAGACCUGGAUCCUGUCUGCCGGCCAGGCUGGCUUGGUGCGGGCCCACUGUCUGGGGGUCAUGACUAGCCCCAACGUCAACAAGGUGGUCAAGGAGAGCCAGAACCAGUUCCGCACCAUGUUCUCCCCAGACCCCUCAGAGUGCCCUGCCGACACAGUCCGCCACUUCACAGAACCGCUCUAGAACCUUCCCAAGAUGUUCCGGAACAUUCAGAAUCACUCUAGAAUCUUCCUGAGAUUUUCUAGAACAUUCUAAAACAAACCUGGGCCUUUCUGGAGCUUCUAUCCUCAGAACAACUUGAGAACUCUGGUAGGUGUUCCAGAACUCUUCACCUACAAAGUUCCGUGAGAGAUAUACAUGGACUGCCUUCCUGUGGACUUUGAGGGUUCAGCUGCAACACAAGAUGAAAGAGUUUAGUUACGUUAAAUAUAAAGGGUCAACUUAUUUUUAUCUAAAUAUGUAUCACCCUGGUAGUGUUGUUUUUAUCAUUUGCAAUGUCUUUUUUAAUCAAUAACUUAAAAGAAAUGCUGCUUUGCUGAUAUGUUGUAAACAGUUUUGUCUUUUUUUAUCUUCUCCUCCUAUUUAACCAUGUAGGAAGUUUGUAUCUCAGGUUGUUAUGGUAACAAGAAGCUUUUUUUUAGAGAAUCUGGCUUGUUCACAGAGGUUACAGAAACAGCACUUUAGACACGUUCUCAUCGUCCUGCUGUUUGUUUUCUACUUCUUUACUCCCACUGAGUAAUUUUGCAUCAGGAAUAAAAUCAUAUUUGGUCAAUCUGCGCCUCGGAGGAUUGUGUGAGCGUAUCGUUAGUCUUGGGACUUAAGCCUGUGCUGCUGACAUAUUUCCUGGUUUACAGGAAGUCAUUAGCUGAGCUUGGUUCUGAUUGGAGAACUGCCUGGGAGAUGGAUUUGGCUGCUGAAAGGGCUAAAUGACCAACUGUUUUCUUUCCCUCCUCUGACUCCAUAUGAUCAUCAAUCUUGUGAUUUUCUUAGUAGUCUUUAACUACAAAGGCAGGAAUUCUAGGUUAUAGAAUAUUUAAAGAAAAUGAACAUCUGACCACAUGCGUUUAUUUAUUUUAUAAAAUAAAUCUUGGCACAUGUAAU